UGCAAUAAUAUUAAUGUUAUUCAUACAUCUCGUAUACAUAAUCUCGUCCACAUUUUUCUAUCAGAUUUUAUCCUCUUCACACGACAGUUAAAUAUCUUUCUAGCUGCACCUAAUCAAAAUAGUUUUGUUUCCUUAAAAAUGUCCUGCAGUAGUACCAAAAUUCCAGACGUGGAGACCAAUAUCCACUGGCUAACUGGCAACCGUAUUUUCAUUAAUGGGGGACUUAAACCGGCUUCCAUCAAAAUUGAAAACGGGAAAAUCUCGGAAGUGAAAGAAGGACCAUUAUCUGAUAAGUUUGAAAAUGUUCUGGAUGCUGGCGAGUUGGUCGUGAUGCCAGGUUUAGUGGACACUCACGUUCACGUAAACGAACCCGGGAGAUCAGAAUGGGAGGGGUUUUGGACAGCGACCCAAGCAGCGGCUGCUGGGGGGAUUACUACUUUAGUGGACAUGCCCUUGAACUCUAUCCCAUCGACAACGACUGUGGAAAACUUGGAUAUCAAGAUGAAAGCAGCCACAGGAAAAUGUCACAUUGACGUUGGAUUUUGGGGCGGUGUGAUGCCCGACAAUGAGAAUUCGUUGCGCCCGAUGGUGGAAAAGGGUGUGAUCGGAUUCAAGUGUUUUCUUAUUCACAGUGGGAUCGAUGACUUUCCCAGCGUCAACGAGGAGCAAGUGGAUCGCGCUCUUGCGGAACUCAAGGGGACUGGAAAAAUUUUGGCCUUUCAUGCGGAAGUGGACUGCGGUGGGGAUGAGAAGUGGGCCACGGAUGACCCUUCCGUCUAUCGUACCUUUCUACAAACAAGACCCAGCGAAAUGGAAUUUCAGGCUGCCGAGAUGAUAAAUCGUAUGUGCCGAAAGCACAAGGACGUCAAGUGUCACAUUGUUCACCUGUCCACGGCCAGCUCGCUUCCUCUCAUCGCAAAGUUGAAAGCGGACGGAUUGCCUCUGACUGUCGAAACGUGUCCCCAUUAUCUUACUUUGAAUGCUGAAGAAAUACAAAAUAAUCGGACCGAGUUCAAGUGUUGUCCUCCAAUUAGGGAGGCUGACAAUCAGUCCAAACUCUGGGAGGGCAUAAAAAGUGGGCUCAUCGACAUGAUUGUAUCUGACCAUUCGCCGUGCACAGCGGAUCUGAAACAGCCUGGAGAGAAAAACUUUCAACAAGCUUGGGGCGGAAUCAGUUCUGUUCAAUUUGGUCUUCCACUAAUUUGGACAAACAUGAAGAAAAACGGUCUGCAGCUACACGAUUUAUGCAGACUAAUGGCGGAACACCCUGCAAAAUUGGCUGGAUUUGAGAAAAUAAAGGCGAAAAUCGCUGUAGGAUUUGAUGCUGACUUUGUUUUGUGGAAUCCAGAUGAAGAAUUUGAAAUUACAGAAAAUAUCAUUUUGCAUAAAAAUAAGUUGACACCCUACAAAGGCAAGACAUACUCUGGCAGAGUGCAUUCUACCAUUUUACGAGGAAAGGUCAUUUACAACAACGGAAAGUUUGCUACACCAAAUGGAAAGUUCCUCUUGACGGAAAUGAAACUUUAAUUUUAAAAUUUAAAAAAAUAUUGAUUUCAUAAUUCUGUAUGAUAAUAAUGACGAUAAAGUUGUUGAAAUAAAACACUGCAUUAAAAUACAAUCAAU